CCACGCGAUGGAGCGGCAAUAACAACUAAUCGGUUCGGACGGCAAAAUAAUUUCAUGUAAUAUCGCUGGGGAAUGCGGCUCACUCGUGGUUCAUGACAUCCCUGUCCCGACGCCAGGCUCAGCUGCACUUUCGAAGUCCGAUCCCUAGAUCAAAUCGAGCAAAUCCUGCUCUUUCAUCCUUCAACCUCCACACCGAGCUGUAGAAUUCUUAGUUGGCCUAAAAAUGGCAGUUGCGCUAACACGUCUUUCUCGGAAAGUCCUAGGCCUGGCCAAUUGUGCCCCUCUCCGCCGACUCUUCUCCGCCGAAGCUGCGGUGGCCGCGGUGUCACCGUCUUCCUUUGCUGUGACAUCUCCGUCGGAUGAGCGCGUAAAGUGGGACUAUCGCGGGCAACGGAGGAUCGUACCGUUAGGGCAGUGGCUGCCUAAGAUUGCCGUGGAUGCUUAUGUGGCCCCAAACGUGGUGCUUGCUGGUCAGGUCACGGUCUGCGAUGGCGCAUCGGUCUGGAAUGGAUCAGUGAUCCGCGGCGACCUUAACAAGAUCACCGUCGGCUUCUGCUCUAACGUUCAGGAGCGCUGCGUCGUCCAUGCCGCUUGGUCCUCUCCUACUGGUCUGCCCGCAGAGACAUUGAUUGAGCGUUACGUAACAAUUGGUGCUAACAGUCUAUUGCGUUCAUGCACCAUUGAGCCAGAAUGCAUAAUUGGACAACAUUCCAUUCUCAUGGAAGGUUCAUUAGUAGAGACCAAUUCCAUUCUCGAGGCUGGUUCUGUGCUUCCACCCGGGCGUAGAAUCCCCACUGGCGAACUUUGGGCUGGUAAUCCGGCGAGAUUUGUUCGUCAGCUCACCUAUGAUGAUAUCAAAGAGAUUCCAUUGCUAGCUAUGGCUAUCAACAAUCUUGUGCAAAGCCACUUCUCGGAGUUCCUUCCAUAUUCUACUGUUUAUCUUGAGGUGGAGAAAUUGAAAAAAUCAUUGGGGAUUCACAUUUAGAAGUGGCUGAACCAACCAGUGACUUGGUGGGUGAAUAAUAAUCUCCGGCUCUCUCCAGUUAUGCGAGGGAAAAUUCUGUAACUGAGGCCUAAAUGCCUUGUUUUGGAAGGACAUGGCAAAUGAUGCGGUUAUCAUUGCAAAUCUCAAAUUAAUAGCGCUGUCAGUUUUUUUCCAUGAAGUUUUUCUUUUAAUCUAAACAUCUGCUUUACCUUUUUUUUAAUGAUUGAACUGUCCUUUUUAUGAAAAGUAUUUGUAAUUGUGAAUUUGA